UAUUAGUGUACAGACUGUUACACUACUGUGCCAGAUGGAAACUUCAGCAGCGCUCUGACAGGACAAGCAGCACAGACACACGACCGAAUCAGACUACUACUACUACUAAAAUAAACUCAGAAUGGUUCGAGGAGUCUGUGUGGGGUUUUUCGAUGUGAUGCUGGUCUUCCUCCUGCUGAGCUCCAUCACAGGCUUGUUGCUGAUGGAUCACCGCAGAGAUGCAGAGGAUGACCAGGAGCUCAACAAAGCUAUUUUGGAAAUGCUACAUAUCAAUAAAGUGUCUGCGAGCCAUCAGGCCAAACCACAUCCCUACAUGAGGAGGGUCUACCUGCGUUUGGACUCACUAGAGGCUCAGGACUUUGGCAGGUCAGAUGGAACACUAGUGCAGAGCUUUCGCAGUGUUGUUGGUCCAGAUGAAGCUCCUCCAGGCUGGAUCUGGUUCAAUGUCAGCAGUCUGAACCCCUCCAUGCUGGGUGCAGAGCUGGUUCUGUUCAGAAAAACCCUCCACCCCCGUCCACUCAGUGUGACUGUCACCCUGCACAGUGUCACUGCCUCACGGGGAGCUCUGCAGGAAAGCCCAGCUCUGGAGGAGAGACUACUGACCCUGGACCAGCGACCCUCGUCUGGAUAUGACGUGUUUGAUGUAUCAGCUGUUCUGGCUGUGAAGCCUGUGGAGGUAGUGGGCUUUCAGCUGCGUUACACAGAUGAGAGUGGGAGUCUGGUCCUUCAUGAAGCCCUAACACAGAGUCUAUACUGUCUGAGCAGAGGCUCUCUGAGUGAACCCUUACUGGUGCUUUACCAAACACACCCUCUCCACACCUAACUCACUGGGACCACUGUACAGUGUUGAAAUGACAAGUGAUGCUGAUACAGCAUUUUUAUUACAACCUAUCUAAUCAAUUCAGUGUUAUUCACCUCUGAUAUGUUGGAUAUUAUGCAGAAAGUUUGGGAAAAAUAGAGAUCAUGAUGGUAAGGUUGACGGUUUGUACAUUUUGUUAUUGACACUUGACAAAAUCAAAUCCAAAAUUUGUUUUUCUUUUUUUUAACUUUUGGUCUUGAGAAAUGUCACUGGCAACUUUCUUUAAUGAAUGGCCUUUUCAAGCAUCAGUAUCACUGUCAGAGAUGCACUAUUAUUAUUUUGAUCUAUAUCAUUUAAAAAAAACUACUGCCUAACUUAAUUUUAGUUACCAUCUCUUAUUUUGAAAGAUUCCACUGGAAGUAUUAAUUCUUUAAGGUCUGACUUGACACUGGUGGAGUUGAUGCUUGCCAUUACAAUCAUGAAAGUUUGCUGUUCUCUAGUGGACACAGUGAGUAGCUACCACACAACAUAAAACUGAAGUAACAGCAGUGUCAUAAUCGACUAAUAUAGCUAACAGUUAUUGAUUAAUAACAAUAACUAUCAAACUCUAUCAGUGUCUUUAUUAGAAAUGACACCAGUAACAUCAGUAUUGGUAACAGCUGCAUAAUGCAAAGUUUUGUAUUUGUAAAAUGUCAGGAUACAAAUGUAGUGUGUUAAGAGGUGGUCAUCAAGAAGGAGAGAAUUGUUCUCAUGCUUCCUGUGAAAACUUUCAAAGUAAAAGUUAGUGACCAAAUGAUAAGAAAUUAUCAUUAUUAAAAAAGUUAUUAUUA